UGUUUGAUUUUCAUAGUUUGUAGCUAUGAGUGAUAUAAUUAUAUUUUGAAAUUCUUUUUGUACUUAUUGUACACCAAAAUCUAAGACCCUCAUAUCAGUUUUAAAAAGCUUAAAAAUUGCCGUUUAGAAAACAUCACACACCGGUGGCUAUGUCUUCUGCCUGUGGGUUCCAGUUUCUCAUUGUACUGAUUCAACAAUCUUCCUGAAGGACUUAUGGAGUGAAGACCCCAUAUGUUGACAUCUAACUAUGAUGUUCAUUUUGUGGCAGUAAGGGGAGACAGCAGUGUUUAUUGAUUAUUGAUUAACAUGAGUUCCUUGUCAAGUAACCCAUCUGUUAUGGAACACAAAUACUCCAUUCUGAGGAAGAGACUAGACCAGAUGGGUUAUCAUCAUCCUCUUGGUCUGGAAUCUGUGUACCUUGUGGAAAGGCUGUUUGGUGAUUUGAUUCAUACUACGGAGAGUCUCAAGCAUGAAAAGUCAAAAUCAUUGCAACCUCAGGAUGAUGCUGAUUUUGAGGAGUACAUAAAACCUUACAAGAGUGAAAAUGCAAAAAUAAUUAGAGAAAAUAACCAACUUCAUCAACAGCUUCUUGCAGAACAGGAAAAGAAUGAGACCAAUGUGAAAGGUUUAAAACGAUCACUUCAAAAGUUGGAAUGUGAAAAUGCAGACUUGAGGUUUUUGAACACUCAGUAUUUACAGAGAGUGAAAUAUUUAGAGGAAGAGUCACAAGGAAAGUCAGAUAAGAUCAUGCAACUUCAAGAAAAAAACCUUCAAGCUGUUGUUCAGACCCCAGGGGGCAAAAAGCGAAAUAUUGCUUCCCGAAGGCAAAAGAUGGAAAUUGAAGAGAUGCUUUUACCAUGUGACUCGUCAUACAAUCCCAAAAAAAUAGAGCAACCUAUUGAUAUGUACAGUACAGACGUGAUGAGCAUUGCAGACACUCGUAUUUCACAGCUAGAGGAAGAAGCUCAGUGUAUUAAAGAGAAACAACAAGAAGCUGAAAAAGUUGUUAAAUACCAACAGAAACAGCUGGAAACCAGAGAUAAGGAAAUAAACAGACUGACAAGACUUCUUGAAGGUGGUCGUCCAUUUGAUGCCAUUCGUGCAGAACUUAAAACACAAGAAUGUGAGAAACAUAUAGCACAUUUAGAAAUGCAGGUAGAAUACCUCCAGCAAGAAAACCAAGAAUUACAAGAAAAAUGUGAAGAUACAGCCGAGGUCAAAAGGUCAUUUGCUCAUUCUACCUCCAACAAAGGAUCACCACCACUGGAAGAUUACAAGAAAAGCCCCAGGAGAUUACCACAUGAUAAUACAUUGGUUGAAAAAGAAGACCUCGUAAAGAAACGAAAGGAGAAGAGUGAAAUCAACAAGCUUAAAGAAGAACUAAAUCAAGUCAACUCAAUCAGAAAAGAACUGAAAGAAGAAAAUCAAGAUUUGAAGAUACUUUUAGAGGAUAAGAAUCAAGAACAGCAGAAACUAGAGGAGGUAAUUCACAAGCUACAAGAAGAAAAUCAGACGUUAUCUAACAGACUUAACGAACUUCAAAAAAAUGAAAAAGAACUAGUCCUAGAAAUAGACAGAUUAAAUACCUUGAAGUCAUCUUCUGAGAAAGGACCCAGCAGCAGAUCUUCUAGUAUCCUUCAGCUUGUUGAUGCUCUGGAGGCUGAACGAGAUCAUUUCAAGAAAGAAGCUUUAGCACUGUCUCAGAGACUACAGAGUUUGAAGGCAGGAAACAGAUUUUUCUCUUCGGAGAAACAAACUGAAGAGACUAGCUCUUCACAACAAACACAUGAUAAAGUUAUCAAAUUUUUGGAAGAGGAGAGAGAUUACUACAAACAACUAUACCAACAACAGUUGGAAGACAGCCAUUCUAUGGGAAGAAGGCGAGCUCCAAGUGGAUGUCCAACAACUACAGAAAAAGGUGUUUCGACAGUAAAUGAUGACCUAGGAGAGGUUUUAGAGGAAAGAGACAAGCUGCAGAAAAUGUUAACUCAGCACAAAGAAGAACUGGAAGAGCUGAAGUACACUGUGAAAGUGCUCAAACAGGACAAGGAGGAAGCUGUAAACUUCUAUAAACAAGCCAAACAGGAAGCAUUAAACUUGCAGGAUGAACUGGUGAAAUCAGCUAAAUCACCAAAUCAGUCAUUCGCUUCUGAAGCAAUUAUAAGAAGAUUAGAAGAAGAAAAGAAACAGAAUUUGUCCAAGUAUCAACAAGCUCAAGAAGAAACAAAUAGAUUGAAAGAUAAACUUCAGGUGUUGGAAGAAGACCAUCAGGUUGAGAAGAAGACACUACAAACAGAGAUUGGUCAGCUGAAAUCUCAGAUUGAAGAACUGGAAAAACAGAAAUCUGAACAUGAAUCAAGCAUAGUUUCAUACAAAGCUUUGCUAACCACGAUGAAUGUACAAAUUACAAGCUUGGAGUCUAAGCUUUCCAAAACUGAAGAGGAGGCUAAUCAACAUAAAACAGCUGCUGCACAGAUGAGGGUCUUAGCUGAACAAGCAGAACAAUCUCUAGAAAUUCUUCACAAGAAACUAACAACCAAAGAUGAAGAAAGUCACCACACUGUUCAACAGCUCAAAGAAUAUCAAGAGGAGAUUGAUAACCUGAAUUCAUUGAUCAAAGAACAAAAAUUUGAACAAGCAAGACUUCAUUCCACUGUUGCAGCUUUAGACAGAGAAAAAGACCAGAUACAGUCUGAAGCUGAUAGUAAGGCUGAGCAUUUAAUGGAAGCACAUCAAACAUUAAAUAUAAAGGAUAAAGAGUUAAAAGACACAAAAGAAACUAUAUUGAUGAUGGAACAACAAGUAGAUAAACUUCAAGAACAAAUUCGAGGAAAAGACAGGGAAAUUCGAAGUCUACAGCGGGAUUUAGAAAUUACAGAGAAGAAGGCAAAAGAUACCGAGAAGAUACAAAAUUUAGCAGUCCAAGAAAAUCGUCGACUACAAGAUGACUUGGCAACUAUGACUAAAGAAUACCAGGCUAUAUCACAAGAGUUACAAUAUGCAGUGGAUGAACAGCAUAGGCUGAAGACAGAGGUGCAGGAAUAUGUCACUGAAGUUGCUCGUGUCGAGGAAAUUCUAAACAUAAAGGAACAACAGAGAAUGGAGCUUUUGGAACAGUACAAUAAUCUCAGCCUAGAAAACACUUCUCUAGAGAGUCAGACACAAAACUUGGCCUCACAGAAUUCCACUUCUCAGCUAGAACUUAUGGCUAAGGAAGCAGAGCUAAACCACAGCAGACAAAUGAUAUCUGUCCUGGAAGCAGAAGUUCAAGAACAUCUGUCAGCUCAACAGAAUUAUGAAUUCCAGCUCUCUAGUCUCAAUAGCUCAAUUGGGGGAUUAGAGAUGGAAGUACAACAGUCACACCACAACACUAAGAAGCUUCAAGAAGAAUUGUAUGCAGCUCACCAACUUUGCAGCCAACUGGAGGCUACUCGUAAUAAGCUUCAGCAGAGACUUGCCAAUACAGAAUCAGAGAAUAGUAAGCUUUCUGAUCACAAUAAAGAAUUAACUGAGGAGAUUUCAUCUUUGAAAAUUCAGUUAGCCAAUGAAAAGGCAUCCGUCCUAAAUUUGGAGGGUUUGUUGGUAUCCAAUCGAGAAAGAGAGUUUAACAGUCACUUGAACAACCAGGAACUAUCUGCAGAGCUGAAACUCCUUCGGGAGAGAUUACAAGAAACUGAAGAAAACCUUGAGUUGCAGAGUAGAGAGACUGCUAGUUUCAGAACACUGGCAGCUGAACUAGAGAUGGAUGUGGAACGACUUCGACAUCAGUUGACUAAUGAAAAGUUUGAAAGAGAGAGAGCCAACCAAGAACUUCGGUUGAUACGACAACAGCAUCAAAGCUAUAUUUCUGAGCUGCAUGGUAAAAAUGCUCGAUAUGAUCCGGUUUCUUCAGGGUUUUCCUCAGUCUCAGCUACACCUGGAUUUGGACUUCUUACUCAUUUAUCUUCAAGUAAAACUCCCUCUAGUAGUGCAUCGCUCAAUUAUCCAAACCAGCACAAAAACAGGAUUUCAUUAUUCAAGUGCCAUCAGGUCUAGUAUGAUAAGUUCAACCAAAAAGGAUAUAGACAUUAAUACUCCCUCACAGUUCUUUACUGAGAGGGUUAGACUUCGGCAUGUAAGUGGAACCAGCACAGGUGGAAACAAUACUAAGCCACCUGCCACCACCUUCUCUCCUGCAUCAACUUCAGGAUUAUCCUCCCAGUGUACAAGUUCCAAGGAAUCUCCAGUAACAGAAAACAUACUCCCUGAGCCUCAUAAGAAUUCAUCAAUUAAUGCAGCAACUAAUACACAAAAUUAUAAAAGAACAUCAGGAGAUUUGGAAUCCUCUAACAUUAAUACAUCUAAUUCUGUAGGCCAGAAUACUGUUGAAAAUCCUCAAGAUAACAGUGAUCAGCAGAAGCUAUAGUGUAAACACUACCACUGAAGAGUGUAUGUUAGACCGAGAUUUAUCAUACUGUUGUAAAUGUUAUUUUUGUUAGACAGAAAGUGUAAUUUAUACAAUCUUUAUGAAAAAAAAUAUAUGAUUUUAAUUGAAGUAAAAUUUACACACAUUUAAAGUAUCUUUCUAUUUUUUAAAGAUAAUUUAACCUUCAGAGUGUAAUAAAAAUUGUACAUACUUUUUAAGGCAAUGCAUAUUAGGAAGUACAUAAUUUAUUUCUAUCAAAAAAUACAUACCCAAGAAAUAUCAAUUAAAAAACUUCAUCUCAAACUGUGUUGAACUCAUCAACAAACUACAUUCAUAUUUCAACCUUAAAGUAUAUCUACCAGUUUCUUUCAUUACAACAGAUAUAAAAAUAUCAAGUUUCUAUUAUAGCAGAAGUAUUUUUUGCAGGAAAUGCUCCAAUCAUAUCUCAGCAAGGUUUUAACAUUAAUGGGAAACAUUUAUAUAAUACUUUUUUUUUAUUACAUAAUGUAAAAAUAAACUUGUCACCGAGACUUGGCCUAUUGUAGAGUUCACAGUUUUUAAGGCAAGCUACAUUAUUGUGACCAGAACAGAUACAAAAGCUUUUCUAAAACAGGUAUGGUUAUUAAAAAAUUUUAAUUAUAGUUGUUAGGAUGUAUUUCUUAAGUUGCAUAUAGAUACUUAACAGAAGAAUUAAAGCUAAUCACUUAGACACUAAUGAAAAUGCUUGAAUUUCUUACAAAUAACAUGCCUUUCAAACAAGUUGAUAAGCUUAUAAGAACUCUCACUUGAUUAAAAGAACAUUUCAGAUAUUCCUUAUAUUUACAUGAAAACUAUUUUAGUAAAUUAUCUGUACAUCUUGGAUACUAAACAACCACAAUUUGAUGACUUGGUAAUUCGUUAUUUUGAGAACAAAGUGACUGUGAACUGUUGCCUGCAAUAAAUAUUUUGAUUUUGUAGUUGAUAAGAAAAUUAAGUUUGAUACAGGUUAGUAUUACUACUUUUCUGGUAAAAAGAUAACUUAAGAAACACAAGGACAGUAUGAUUAUAAAGAAAAACCCUAUAUUUGAAAUUACUGUACCUUACAAACACUUGUUCAAGAGGAACAAAGUUUCAAUAUAGGCACAUUAAAAACUUUGAACACAGUACAGUGUAUUUCAGAACUAUAUUAUUAGAGGAAAGUCUAAGAAUCACUUAAUACUUUCUGAAACAGAUAAUGCUUGCAGUAACUUUACUGAAGGUUAGGCUACAUAUGCUAAUUAGGAACAGGGCUUAUGUGGAUACUUUGUAUGGAUUCAGAAUGUUAUCAGUAAUCAAAGACCAGGAUGUAUUUGAUUUUGAAG